CCAGGGGAAUAAUUGUGGCUCGAGACGAGUAUCGGUGAGGCAACAUGGCCAUCCGGGCAAUGGAUCAACCCCCUAUAAAGCCAGCACCGUCGCCGUUUGAAACGGAACUUUAGGUGCCGACGUCAUCGUCUUUCUUUCUACUGCAAUACUACAACCACCAAGCAUUCAUCAUGCCUAUGGUAACAGCAGCCACCAGCUUGCGACAGGCUCUUGCGAACCCCGAAGCUUUCAUCGUCGCUCCCGGUGUGUAUGAUGGAUUCUCCGCCCGUAUUGCUCUCGGCGCGGGAUUCAGUGCCCUGUAUAUGACAGGUGCCGGUACAGCCGCAUCCGUCCACGGCCAUGCGGAUCUGGGCAUUUGCACCCUCAACGACAUGCGCGCCAAUGCCGAAAUGAUCUCCAACCUUUGCCCCACCACGCCGGUCAUUGCCGACGCAGACACGGGAUACGGCGGCCCCAUCAUGGUCGCCCGCACGACCGAGCAAUACUCGCGUUCCGGAGUUGCCGCUUUCCACAUCGAGGAUCAGGUUCAGACGAAACGCUGCGGCCAUCUCGGGGGCAAGAUUCUCGUGGACCAGGAUACCUAUGUGACGCGGAUUCGCGCCGCCGUGCAGGCCCGCCAGCGGAUCGGUAGCGACAUCGUGGUGAUUGCACGGACCGAUGCUCUGCAAGUUCGCGGCUACGAAGAGAGUGUGGCGCGACUGCGGGCGGCGCGCGACGCCGGGGCAGAUGUAGGCUUCCUCGAGGGCAUUACCUCCAAAGAAAUGGCCCGACAGGUGGUGCAGGAUCUGGCCGGGUGGCCACUGCUCUUGAACAUGGUCGAGCAUGGAGCGACCCCGGACAUCACGGCGCAGGAGGCCAAGGAGAUGGGAUUCCGCAUCAUCAUCUUCCCCUUCGCGGCAAUCGGUCCGGCUUAUAAGGCGAUGCAGGAGGCGAUGGAAAAGCUAAAGAGGGAUGGCAUUCCAGGCUUGAGCAAGGAAAUGACUCCACAAAUGCUCUUCCGUGUCUGCGGGCUCGACGAGAGCAUGAAGGUCGACGCCGAAGCGGGAGGCGCUGCCUUUGAGGGCGGGGUUGAGCUGCAGAAGUAGACUAUCGCCUCUCAGCUAUGCCUGUCACGACUACUGUAUCUAGAUUUUGUUUAACUAGUGGCGUUGAUGUAUCUAUAAGUACUGUACAUAAGCAUGAGAUGACUAUUGCUGACAU